GCUGCCGCUUGUGAGUUAAAAUAAAACAACUUGUCGCGCGGUUUAUAGCCAGAAGCAGAGCAAAGCGUUUUCAAUUAAAUAAGUGUACUGAUUAAUGGAUUUUUGUAUAAAUUCCCUGUUACAACGCAUACAUAAACGAAGUGCACUUGUUUGAGCCACAUAAAUUAAAUUCGACAGCACACUAAAAAGUUUUGAAACAAUCAUAAUACAAACAACUACACAAGCACACAGACACACACAGAAAAAAGAGAAAAAAUAACACAACAACCGAAUUCUCACAAUAAAUAUAACCGGCAUUAAUAGUUGACUAUUGUGUGUAGAGACCAAAAAUUUCUGUGUAACUUUAAACUUUACCGGAGAGCAGCGGCAACAGCAACAACAAUAGAAAGAAAAAACAACAACAAAAAACAAACCGAAAAUUUUUUGUUGAAAAAAUGUCAUUUCGUGUAGUGCGCAGCUCAAAAUUUCGUCACGUCUAUGGACAAUCGCUGAAACGGGAGCAAUGCUAUGAUAAUAUACGUGUCUCCAAAUCCAGCUGGGACUCCACAUUCUGUGCGGUGAAUCCAAAAUUCUUGGCCAUUAUUGUGGAAUCAGCGGGCGGCGGUGCUUUCAUUGUUUUGCCACACAAUAAAGUUGGACGCAUUGCGGCAGAUCAUCCGUUGGUGGGCGGACAUAAAGGUCCCGUUUUGGAUAUUGCGUGGUGUCCGCAUAACGACAAUGUGAUCGCCUCUGGCUCUGAGGAUUGUGUGGUCAAGGUGUGGCAAAUACCCGACGGCGGCCUGUCGCGCACACUCACCGAACCCGUUGUGGAUCUGGUGUUCCAUCAGAGACGCGUGGGCCUGGUGCUUUGGCAUCCCUCAGCACUCAAUGUACUCCUGACCGCCGGCUCUGACAAUCACGUUGUGAUAUGGAACGUGGGCACCGGUGAAAUCUUGGCGCACAUUGAUUCCCAUCCGGAUAUUGUGUACAGUGCCUGUUUCAAUUGGGACGGCUCCAAGCUGGUCACCACCUGCAAGGACAAAAAGAUACGCAUCUAUGAUCCACGCACAGCCGAACUGGAGAGCGAAGCCAUGUGCCAUGAGGGUUCAAAGGCGACGCGCGCCAUCUUUCUGCGUCAUGGUCUAAUCUUCACAACCGGCUUCAAUCGCAGCUCAGAGCGCCAGUACUCUCUGCGUGCGCCGGAUGCCCUUAAUGAGCCUAUCGUAAUGGUAGAGCUGGACACAUCGAAUGGUGUGAUGUUCCCCCUCUACGAUGCAGACACAAAUCUGAUUUAUUUGUGUGGCAAGGGCGAUUCUGUGAUCCGUUAUUUCGAGGUGACGCCAGAGCCGCCAUUUGUGCAUUAUAUCAACACGUUUCAAACACCAGAUCCGCAACGCGGCAUUGGACUGAUGCCAAAGCGCGGCUGUGAUGUCACCACCUGCGAAAUAGCCAAAUUCUAUCGCCUGAACAACAAUGGUCUCUGCCAAGUCAUUUCGAUGACGGUGCCACGCAAAUCCGAUCUCUUUCAGGAAGAUUUAUACCCGGAUACGCUUGCCGAAGAUGCGGCCAUUACGGCUGAGGAAUGGAUUGCCGGCAAGGAUGCCGAUCCGCUGACAUUCUCGCUCAAAGAUCGUGUUUCCAUUGUACAGGGUGGAUACGUCUCGUCAGGUGGCAACAACUCGCUUGCGGCUAGCAAGAAGGCCAACAUACUAAACAAGGCAUCGGCAUCGAGAGGUGGCGGCGGCGGCGCCGGCAGCAGCUUAAGCGGUGGCAAUCACUCAUCCGCCAACAACAAUGAGGAUAGUGGACCGCCACCAGCGAUAUUCUCGGAGAAAGAUCACCGCAACAUACUAGAUGAGAUUCGCAAGCUAAAGGCCAUCAUUGUCAAACAAGAGAAUCGCAUACGAGCUUUGGAGGCAAAGGUUAACGCCGCUGGCGAUGAAACGGACGCCCGCAAUAGCAAUAAAAAUGGCAGCGGUCAGGCUGCGUCAUCAGCGGCGACAGCGGACAGCAGUGAAAGUGCCAAUGCAGCGACAGCAGCGGCAGAUAAUACCCACAACGAGGAUUAAGCUUAGACGCGCAGGCUUAAGAGAAAAUAGAAAGAGAGAUUAAGAUCGAGAGAGAGUGUUAACUGCUUGAAAGAAGCUCGUCGUUACCGUUUUUGAAUUUCUCUAAUGAAAAUUUUCGUUUUUGUUUUGUACACGCUAAUUGAGAGACGUCUAUGAUUGUAAUUUCGAUUAUUUAUUUUAUGUAAUUUUAAUAUUAGGUCUUAAUACGAGCGAAAUGAAUUGAGCGUAGUAAAAGAUAAAUACAGCAACAACAACAAAAACAACCACAAAAGUAUCAUCAGCAAUCAGAGCAAAAUACAAUACAUACACGCAUAUAAACAUAUAUACAGAAUAUCCUGCCAAAAAUAUAUAAAGAACCUAACGAACUACCUACAAAAUGCGUCACGCAUGAGUGAAAUUAUUGUAAAUUUAACAAAAAUCAAAGCAUAGACUAAACUACAACCACUUUAAAUUAAUACUAACGUCAUAAAUAUGACUAUUUGACAAAGACCCGAAUCGAGGCAAUAUUUUCAUGACAAUAGCUUUUAUAUUAUUAAUUAGGCAAGUACACAAAAAAGAAAAAGGAAAACAAAUUUAUAACUAUUAUUCUGGUCCACCGUCGUCACCGCUUUAAAAUAUAUCGUUCUAACUAAUAAGAUGUAUUUUGUAAAAAUAAAUGAAAACCAACGAAUCAUUUU